AUCACAUGGCCGGAGAGCCACAAAAACAACAGCUUUGGCCAAGACCCUGACUUAGGGGACUGGAACCCGGGGCACUGGCCGCCAACCUCCACCCCAUGGAGGAGAGUUUCCUUGAAUCCUUUGGGAGGCUCAGCCUCCAGCCCAAGCGGCAGCAGCAGCCUCGGCCGCCGGCCCCGCCGCCCCCGCGCGGGACACCCCGGCGCCGCCACAGCUUUAGGAAGCACCUCUACCUGCUGCGAGGCCUCCCGGGCUCGGGGAAAACUACACUGGCCAGACAGUUGCAACAGGACUUUCCCAGGGCCCUGAUUUUCAGCACAGAUGAUUUUUUCUUCAGGGAAGAUGGUGCCUACGAGUUCAAUCCUGACUUUCUGGAGGAAGCUCAUGAGUGGAACCAGAAAAGAGCAAGAAAAGCAAUGAGGAAUGGCAUAUCCCCUAUUAUUAUCGAUAAUACCAACCUCCACGCCUGGGAAAUGAAGCCCUAUGCAGUCAUGGCACUUGAAAAUAACUAUGAAGUUAUAUUCCGAGAACCUGACACUCGCUGGAAAUUCAACGUUCAAGAGUUAGCAAGAAGAAACAUUCAUGGAGUCCCAAGAGAAAAAAUACACCGAAUGAAAGAACGGUAUGAACACAAUGUUACCUUUCACAGUGUACUUCAUGCAGAAAAACCAAGCAGAAUGAACAGAAACCAGGACAGGAAUAAUGCAUCACCUUCCAGUGGUACAGGAUACUGGAACACCUACACGGAGUUUCCAAACCGGAGGGCUCAUGGUGGCCUCACAAACGAGAGCUCCUUCAACAGAAGGGGUGGUUGGCACCAUGGAUAUUAGAGGCUGACCUUAUAGGCACUGAAAAUUUUCCUAUGGAAGUUUUUACUUCAAUUUUUAGUAUUUAUUCUUUGUUCGGUUUUAGUCAGAUCUCUAAUUACAGUGUAAAUAGUCAAAUCUGAAAGUUCUUAGUCAAAUCUGAAAGUUCUAAGAAGUCAUUAUAUUCAUCUUCAACAAGCAUUUGUUCAAGUGACCCUAUAUGCAUGGUCUGAUGCUGAAAAUUAUGCAGAUUUGAUGAAACAAAGUCAGUUUCCCUAGAAAUUUGAAACUGAAACCUAAGAACAUAAUCAGUCCAUAAAUAAUGAAAUCAAUGUAGUUAUGAUCUAUAUAAACUUUAAUACCCCUUUCUCUGAAGUAAUCUACCUUUUCAGGAAAUUCAUCUCCAUCAGGAAAAUUGGAAAUAUAGGGGAAGAGAAGUGGAGGGGGCAAAACUUCUAGUGCAUUGCUACUUUGAUAGUUUAGGAAUCCAAAAAUGUGAGAUAUGUGGCUAUCAUAAUACUGAUUUCCUGUUAAAAUAUGCAUCUGAGGAAUACUGUCCUUGAAAGUAUUCAUUUUGGGAAAUUAUUCCUUUAUCCAGUGAUACAUCAUUGUAUAAAAAAAGUCAAAUUCUACUAUGUAAUUGAGGAAAAUGAGUGUCAUUAUUUAAGUCACAUUUUGUGUUUUGACCACUUUUUUGAAUAGGAUUAAACCUGAAUAUCUAUUGGCUGUUGUCCUAGUAGUGAAAAUAAAACAAGCCUACUUUUACAAAAGUUUUUAAGAGGAAUAAUUAAGCAAUGUAAAAAGCUAUAUAUGCCUAUAAACAUGUGUAUGAUCAAUUGGCAGCCCACAUGUUUGGGAGUACAAGCAAAUACCCCAAGAUGUAGGUGACAUAGAUAUGUGAAAGUCGUGCCCUUUAUGAGAUGAGCUCUUGGUGUCUUACGUGGCAUCAAGAGAAAAUUCACCACAACCCUGGAAUGUCCCUUUUAUGUCAAUAUUGAGCUUAAUGAAUUCAAAUUAAAUCUCCACAGAUUGAAGUCAGAUUUGCUGUGAGACCAUAAUACGACCAUGUAGGAUGUAUGCUUUGUUUUUUGUUGGUCAACAGCUUCUUUCUAAAUGUUCUGUGAAGUAUUAUUUUAAGUGUCCUAAAUAAUGGUGCUUUUAUUGUUAUUAAAAAUUACAUAUGAUAUUGCUUUAUGGAUUUGUCAUUGGAUCUAAGCUUUUUGUUGUUGAAACAUAAAACAUUUAUCUAGAUUCUACAAAUUUCUGCCAUAAGAACUGUUUCCCUGUAUCUUAAUCUUGUUUACAUCUACAUUAAUAAAUGUUACUUGAUUGUGCACAUAGAUCAGUGUACACUAGAAAGACUAUUACUGUAAUAUUCCAUUAUUUGACACUAUUGAAAUCUGCUCAACAUAUUCAUGACUAUAGCAAUGUAUCUAAUUUUUUUCUUCAUUAACAUUAAAAAACUUGCCUAUCAACAAAGUUUGACAAAUUAAACUUUGUUAAUUUUAAUGUCAUGUCUUGCAAGUAUUACUGUACUAAAUUCUGUGUAUCCAGGCACAAUACAUAAUAAUCUAAUAAUUAUGGUAAUCUGUAUAACACUGCCUUUUCAUGCCUAGGUAAUGUGGGAUCUCCUAUUAGAUAUAUGGUUAUUUCAGAACUAGCUCAAUCUAGAUAGCUUAACUCAUUUAUAGAAAGGGGAGAAAGGGCCAGAGAGUCCAAAUGGGGAAUUACCUUCCUUUGAUUCAAUAGGAGCAGCCAAAGGGGUCAGUAUCUAUGCCUUCCCAAUAGGUCAGAGUCCUAUUUAGGCCUUCUGGUUGACCUGUGCUGAGUGAGUGACUGCUGGUUGGGAAGUGACUCCAGGUUAUAGACCGAGAGCUUUUCUAGAGCUCAGCAGAAUAGUUCCUUGGUCAACUUGCUAUUUUUUCCAUAUUUGACUCCUGAUAUACCUAGUUUGGAGGCAUAAAACAACUUGAUUUAAUGGCCAAUUUCACUUAGAGUCCUGUUUUUCUUUUCUCUCUCAAAUCCCACAGCUCUUGACCUUAUACUAUUUUUAAACAAUAUUGAUUUGUAUUGUGUAUUAUUGUCUGUGUCAUUCAUAAAGUAGGCAUAGUGUAAUGAAACAAAGUUUGUUCAAUAAAUGGUGCUGGGAAAAAUGGGCUGCUACAUGCAAAAAAAUGAAGCUAAAUUGACUACUUUACACCAUGCAUAAAAACCAAUUCAAAGAGGGUUAGCAAACUAGACAUAAGACUUGAAACCAUAAAAUAUAUAGAGGAAAAUAUACACUACAUGACAUAUACAUCAGUAACAUCUUUAAGGACACAUCACUCAAAGCAAUGAUCCUGAAGGAAAAGAUAAACAGUUGGGGCUACAUCAAAUUAAAGAGCUUCCAUACA